UAUAUUAGAUGAGCUGAAAAAAGAAUACCAAGAAAUAGAAAACUUAGAGAAGACCAAAAUCAAGAAAUAGUCAACUUGAUUUCGCAGAACAAUGUGCGGCAUUUGUUGUUCUGUAAGCUUUUCUGCUGAGUGUUUCAGCAAAGGUUGGAAAGAGGAUUUGCAGUAUAAUCUUGAACGACGGGGACCCAAUAGUAGUAAGCAGUUAUUAAAGUCUAACACUAACUACCAGUGUUUAUUUUCUGGUCACGUCCUCCACUUAAGAGGUGUUUUGACUGCCCAACCUGUGGAAGAUGAAAGAGGCAAUGUGUUCCUGUGGAACGGAGAAGUCUUUAGUGGAAUAAAGGUUGAAGCUAAAGAGAAUGAUACUCAAAUAAUGUUUAAUUAUCUUUCCUCUUGUGAGAAUGAAUCUGAUGUUUUGUCACUCUUCUCACAAGUCCAAGGUCCGUGGUCUUUUAUAUAUUAUCAAGCAUCUAGUCAUCAUUUGUGGUUUGGUAGGGAUUUUUUUGGUCGCCGGAGCUUACUUUGGCAUUUUAGUAAUCUGGGCAAGAGUUUUUGCCUCUCUUCAGUUGGCACCCAAACCUCUGGAGCAACCAGUCAGUGGCAGGAAGUUCCAGCGUCUGGUAUUUUCAAAAUUGACCUCAAGUCUACUUCCAUUUCCAAAUCUGUAGUUUUAAAAUUGUAUCCUUGGAAAUGUACUUCCAGGGAAAAUGUUAUCAAAGAAUGUGUUAAUAGCCUGACUCAAAUUUCAGCAAACUUGCAAACAUUUGUCUCAGUGAUUGCAAAUGAAGCCAAACUCUGUCUUGAAGAACCUGUCGUUCCUUUAAACAUGAUGUUGCCACAGGCUCCAUUUGAGAUUCACUGUAGGAACAUUUCCCGUCUCCCACCGACAAGAGAGACCCUUGAGGUCUUUCUUACCGAUGGACGCAGGAAGGAAAUAGUUCACCAGUUCAUCGAUGUCCUGAGUAUCGCAGUCAAGAGACGUGUCUUGAAUUUACCUAGGGAUGAAAACCUGACACCAAGUGAAGUUUCAAAAACUUGUGAUAGGAAAGCAAAUGUUGCAAUCCUGUUUUCUGGGGGUAUUGAUUCCAUGGUUAUCGCAACCCUUGCUGACCGUCACAUUCCUUUAGAUGAACCAAUUGAUCUUCUCAAUGUGGCUUUCAUGACCAAAGAGAAGACCAUGCCAACUAGUUUUAACAAAAAAAGUGGAAAACAGGAAAAUCGUUGUGAAAUACCUUCUCAAGAAUCCUCUAAAAGUGUUGCUCCUGCUGCUGCUGCUAGUCCUGAUAAACAGUUCAGGGUACCGGAUCGGAUCACAGGGCGAGCGGGGCUGAAGGAGCUGCAGGCCGCUAACCCUUCCCGGACUUGGAAUUUUGUUGAAAUUAAUGUUUCUCUGGAAGAACUGCAAAACUUCAGGACGACUCGAAUAUGCCGUUUAAUCCGGCCCUUGGACACGGUGUUGGAUGACGGCAUUGGCUGUGCAGUGUGGUUCGCUUCGAGAGGACUUGGUCGGCUAGUGACCCAGGAUGGAGGGCGAUCGUAUCAGAGCACGGCAAAGGUGGUGCUGACUGGAAUUGGUGCAGAUGAGCAGCUUGCAGGCUAUUCUCGUCAUCGCGUUCGCUUUCAGACUCAUGGGCUGGAAGGAUUGAAUAAGGAGCUCGAGAUGGAACUGGGUCGAAUCUCUUCUAGAAAUCUUGGUCGUGAUGACAGAGUUAUUGGUGAUCAUGGAAAAGAAGCAAGAUUUCCUUUCCUGGAUGAAAGUGUUGUCUCCUUUCUAAAUUCCCUACCAGUUUGGGAAAAGGCAAACUUGACUUUACCCCGUGGAAUUGGUGAAAAACUAAUUUUGCGUCUUGCAGCAGUGGAACUUGGUCUAACAGCGUGUGCUCUUCUGCCGAAACGUGCCAUGCAGUUUGGAUCCAGAAUUGCAAAAAUGGAAAAGAAUAAUGAAAAGGCAUCUGAUAAAUGUGGACGGCUCCAAGUCAUUUCCUUAGAAAACCUUUCUAUUGAAAAGGAGACUAAAACAUAAUAUUUUACAAUGUAACAACAUUUACUGAAUGAUGAUGAUAGAAAAAUAAAACACUGUGCUGCUUUAUUAUUGUA